CUGAUGAUGUUGCUGCCAUUUCAUCAGCAUUUUUUAAACAUUUCUACAUUCUUAAAACAAGAACUUAAAAGGAGAUGAAAAAGGCAUUAAACGUUAACCUUAGAACUCAUUACAUAGAAUAUCAAGCCUAUAGAAUAUCUCGAAUCGAUAUCUAGUCAAAGAAUUGCAACGAAUUGCCUAAAUCAUUUCGUUUUCAAUAAACCGGAAUUCGUCAGGAAGGUGGUGUGAUUUGCUCCUCCUUGUUUAUUGUUAUUUUAAACCAAGCUUUCCCGAUAGUUGCUGGAUUUCACCACCUGGAAAAACAGUAUUUCAGUAAGCUUAUGGUUUUGCCUAUUGCCAUUAUUCUGCUGUGAAUUUUCAAGCGACAAUAGCCGACAUUAGCCUAUCUUUAGCACCAUGGAGUUAGCUGCACCCAACCUCUGAGAAGCACAACCGAAAAGCACCGGGGGAGACAUGGAAGCAAUAUGGCUGUACCAGUUUCGAUUGAUCGUCAUCGGCGACUCGACUGUGGGAAAGUCAUGCUUGAUCCGGCGGUUCACAGAGGGACGCUUCGCCCAGGUGUCUGAUCCCACAGUAGGGGUGGAUUUCUUUUCACGCCUGGUGGAGAUAGAGCCAGGGAAACGCAUCAAACUUCAAAUUUGGGACACAGCUGGUCAGGAGCGAUUCAGGUCAAUCACCAGGGCCUACUACCGCAACUCGGUGGGCGGCCUGCUGUUGUUCGACAUCACCAACCGCCGCUCCUUCCAGAACGUUCACGAGUGGCUGGAGGAGGCGCGCAGCCACGUGCAGCCGCACAGCAUCGUCUUCCUGCUGGUGGGGCACAAGUGCGACCUGGACGCCCAGCGGCAGGUGAGCCGGCAGGAGGCCGAGAAGCUGGCGGGGGCCUACGGCCUGCGCUACGUGGAAACCUCGGCCCGAGACGCCAUCAACGUGGAGAAGGCCUUCACAGACCUGACGCGGGACAUCUUCGAGCUGGUCAAGCGCGGGGACAUCACCAUCCAGGAGGGCUGGGAGGGCGUGAAGAGCGGGUUCGUGCCCAACGUGGUGCACUCCUCCGAGGAGGUCACCAAGAGCGACCGCCGGUGCCUCUGCUGAUCUGUGCCCAGAAUUACAGCCCCGCCCUGCCGCCAACCCUGCCCUGUUAGCCCCCUCCUCCAACUCCUUCACUUCACACCCGAGAUUCUGCCCACUUCAUCCACUUAAACACAAUUUUUGUCCUCUUCUGCUGGUCCCCCACCCCAUUCUGCUGUCCAGUCUGUCUGGGCAUUUUCCUUCAUUCCUUCAAAGUACAUUUGCAAUUCUGAACCCCCCUGAUCACCAUUUUCUUCUUUCCCUCACCUUUCAACACAAUAAGAUGUGGUCUGCCCUGAGACAGCACAAAAUGGAGACCUGGACAAUGUGAAUGGAGUCAGUGAGGGGGCAGUUCAGCUGCUGGGCGUUUUUGGACAGACCCCCGGUCUGGGUCCAUGAGGGAGGGGGGUGCGUCAUAUGGACAUUGACGCUGCUCAGAAACACCCUCUCACCUUGGUGUUGGUGGGGUAUUCUGGGGCUCAGACUUGGCUGAGGCCCUCACAGUCUGGGUAGACGCACUGUCCCCCCGAUUAUCUGGCAUUAAUGGUGUCUCAUCAACAGUACCAUGGAAGUACAAGGGGGACAGAGCACUGGAAGAAUGCAAUUUGAAACAGUAUACCACCCAGAAUUCCAUGGGGCACCUUCGAUGUUGCACACUCAAAAUACUUUUGCCACCUACGCAGGGCAGAGAGAACAACACACAGAUAUUCAUGCACAUUAUUUUACAUACAACCAGACCUCAAAACAAUUAAGACAAUAAUUUAUGGGAUUGGUGCAUGAAUAUAAAAUAUCAAGUAAGUUACUGUGUUGUUACAAUUCAUUCAAAUACUUGUCAAAAAAACUCACAUCUAAAGCAUAUUAUAUAAGUUAAAUUAAAUGACUGAAUUACGUUUAACAACACAAUCUUGAAUAUUUAUCAUGACUCUUUGUUUGAGAGACACAAUUUUUCCACAGAGAAUUUGCUGUGAAGAACACGGGGUAAAUAAUAGUACAGUAUGUGGCUUUCUUAAACAUGUGCUUUUGUUUAAGGCACAGAAUGUCCGAUCUAAGGAUGUGUCUUUUGGGACAGUCACUGUAGGUGGUAGUUUGUCCCCUUCAAUGUGUCUGCAACUCAUUAAUCACGAACAGAGCCGAACAGUUAAAUAGCAUAAAAUUCCUCCACUGGAUUUUUUUCUUUUUUUACUGAAACUAUAUUGGACUCACCUAUGAUUUCAACAUUAAAUUCCUCCAUUUCGUUUUCUUCCUUUUGACUCGACUUUAGAUCAGAUCCCACAAUAAUGUGACAUCUUCAAAUUUGUACAUUCAGUGGUGAAUGCUGAGCCGCCAUUACGUUUGAGGUGUUCCUUUGCUUAUGAAAACGAAUUAAUGACCGUUUUGCCCCGCUAUGUUCGGUUUCUUCUGUCUCUCCAGUGUACACUGUCUGUCUCACACACAGCAGGUGUAACACAGCGGGCACAGCCCACGGCCGUUCUGCUCUUCAACAGCGCUAAUCCCCAACACUUCCUCCCGCUUACUCAUCUCUCUUACGUACGCCAGAGCUUGCCAAUUCUCUCGUAUGAUGCCUUUCAAAGACUCCAGUUAUUUUCAAAACUGUUGUGAGGACUGGAAGAAACUGUGACUACAUGAAGCCGGAUAGGAGACUUCCAGCUUUCGUAGUUGACUGGCUAGCUGUUAGGGGUGUAACGACACAACAUGAUCAUGAUACGAUAUGUUCGCGAUACUCUGAAUGCGAUAUGAUUUAUCUUAAUUCAUGAUACUAUUUAUAAAGACGAUACGAUGCGAUUAGUUGCGAGCUGAAUGCGACCAUUCGAUUUGAAAAAAUCGCCGUCACCACCCGCCAAAACUCGAGAUCAUUGAAAUAAACAGUACAUCUUUCAAAGUUAACAAGUGGGUUCAUUAAAAUCAGUGCCACAAUCUGCCUAAAUAAAAGUUUGGCAUGUAACUUAAUGAUUCAUCGCAAUACAAAUCUAGUCAUGCGUCACAUCGAUGCAGUCGUGUCGUGACUUUGGCAUCAUUGAUGCAUCAAUGUUUCAGCACACGCCUACUAGCUGUAGAUAUCCAGAGACUGCAGGCUAUAUGUAGAAGUACCUUCAGUGUGCACGUUUGCCGUAGGGUGUCACUGCCAUUGGAAUUCAUACUAAUCUGCACGCCCACAAGCCUUUCAGCAUGACCACUGCUAAACACGUCCACUGUAACAUCUGUCCGCCCAACUGCUUCGCCUUUCCAAAGAGAACUGCAAUGGUACUAUCUGCACCAAUACCAGCUGUCGAACAGAUCAGGUUGGAUUCAUGCUUGAAGUGUCAGAUUCAGGAAAGUGAAAUAAUAAAUGGGUUGCUUUGGGGGGUUAAAAGAUUAACAUUUAUCACUGCUUUUCGUGAGUGGUCAGGCUUGGUAAUGCGGUUACACCAGGGACGCAGGACAGCUGGCCUAAUCUGUCAGAAUCAUGCAGUUACCCGUGAGAGUUGAAGUAUCCUUGUGUUUCGACCAGCUCAUCGACACUGCAGAAGGCUGGACUCCCAUAAGCACCGCAGCUGCGACAUACAAAAUAUAUGGACCACUAUGAUGGACCCUACGCCAGGCCCCUUACAAUCACCUGAAGAAUGACCAAGACAGGAGUGCCCUUACCUGAACACAAGUGGCUUUUUGUGUUCUUUUUUCAAAACCCAGCCUCACUGAUUUCGAGUAAUAAGAACCCAUUCUGUUGAACACCUGCGAAGCAUCUUUUAUUUUCUACAGCGUUAAAGGAAAUAUUCAACAAAGAACAUUCAAAAACAUUUCACAUGCUCUGUGUUUCUCUCUGCCAGUUUUCUUCAACCUGUAGGUGCUGGACUGUGAAAUUCUCAAAAUUCAAGCUGUAUGAUGUCAUGUAGCCCUUUUAAAAUGGGUAUGAAUUUCUCUUGUCAAGCGAAAGCUGAAUUGUACUAAACAUAAUGAAAUGUGACUUGUAAACUUUUUUCUUUCUCUUGUUAAAACUAAAAAUCUGUACUGAGUAUUUAUUACAUUCUCAUAGUCAUGACUUCUUUUAAUCUUCCAAAAGCGCAGGUGUCCCAAAUUUUUAGUUAAAGGCAUUUUGAAGUGCUAACAAAGUAGGGAGGUAUUCAAAAUAACAUGCCAAGAGAGUACAUUUGGAUGCUAUAGCAUUCUCAUUCCAAUCUGAAAUUAACUGAAAUACUUGGUCUAUGCAAAAAUUCAAGUUUGCAGUUUGAACUGUAUUUUCACAUGUGGAAGACCACGGGUUUACUUUAAACUUGUUUGAAAAUGCAAAUUUUCCAAUAGCCUGCUAGACUUGCCCAGGCAGUUCUUACACUUAAGCUCCAUGUAUUCAAAUAAAAUAAACUACUACAAAUGCAAA